CUCUGCCUUCCCUUUUGAGUGCAUUGCUUCCCUAAUGCUAAGUAGCUGCUGCAGUCAGAGAGGAAGGCGCUCGCUGGUUUCAUUUCCAGGACAGCUUGCCAGUGGAUGUUGAUGUACAGCACCCUCAGGGGCUAGCGUUUUGAAGGCGGCAGGUUGCCCUUUCCCCGGCACGUCGGUUUUGUGUGCGCGUGGGUGUCUUUCCUCUUGUCUCUCUCGCCUGGGAAUGGAUGGUUGUUUUUUGGAGGGCAGACCAAGGCUGCCGUGCUAGGCUCGCUUGAGGGACCCGCUGGCGAGGAGGGAUUGUCUGUCCCCGGAGGAAUGAAAGACACGUAACAGGAGAAAUACUAAAGAGCCCGAAGACAUUGUCAUUGCUUCUGCCCUUUGCCAGCUUUGGCUGGGUCCUUGGCCACUGUCGCUUUGAAAGGGAGCAGCUGGAAAGGUGGGAAGGAGGAGGUGGCUCACCAUGGCCUUGGCGGACAAUGCGAGCUGUGCCAAACCCAGUGAUGACUUCCUUUUCCCAGAGAUCAUUGAGCUCAAUGUGGGUGGGCAGGUCUACAUCACACGCCAUCCCACCUUGGUCAGUGUGCCCGGCUCACUGCUCUGGGAAAUGUUCACUCAGAAGAACAUCCGCUCCUUGGCCCGGGACAGCAAGGGCCGCUUCUUCGUGGACCGAGAUGGUUUCCUCUUCCGCUACAUCUUGGAUUACAUGAGGGACCAGCAGCUGGUGCUACCCGAGCACUUCCCGGAGAGGAACCGCCUGCAGCGGGAAGCCGAGUACUUCAAGCUACCGGAGCUGGUCAAGAUGCUGUCUCCAAAGCUCAGCAAGCAGAACUCCAUCGGGGAUGACCCAUGCCAAAGUGACCCAGAGGAGCUGUCUCCCAAUGCGGACACGGCCCGCAACCUUGCCUCUGCCAGUGCUGCCCUGACUAAUGCCCCCGCGGGCUCCUUUGCCUCCAGCGGGGGCGGCGCUGGCCCAGACAUUCGAAGGUCAGGUUUCAUCACCAUCGGCUAUCGGGGCACCUACACCCUGGGCAGGGACAGCCAGACGGAUGCCAAGUUCCGCAGGGUAGCGCGGAUCAUGGUGUGCGGCAAGACCUCGCUGGCCAAAGAAGUCUUUGGGGACACCUUGAACGAGAGCAGGGACCCUGACCGGCCUCCGGAGAGGUACACCUCCAGGUACUACCUCAAAUUCACCUUCCUGGAGCAAGCUUUUGACAAACUGGCCGACGCCGGCUUCCACAUGGUGGCGUGCAACUCCACGGGCACCUGCGCCUUUGCCCAUGACCAGACAGACGACAAGAUCUGGACCUCUUACACCGAAUAUGUUUUCUACCGUGAGUGACAGUUACCAAAAAACAAACACCAAAUGCCAACUCUCCCUCCCCACCUGCUGUGCUGGCUGUUUUCUGUAGAACUUAGACAUCAGACCCUUGAACCUUGGUAUUUUUCCUCCUUCCUUUACAUUUGUUUUUCCAAGUCGAACCUUCUCUGGCUCCCUCUUGUACUGGUUAUUGAAUAACACCAACCCUCUUCUCCAACUUCCAACAGUAGCUCCCAACCCUCUCCGGAUCCUGGACUUGGCUGUUCUUGUACAGGGGAAGGCGGGGGGGAAAUAUCUUUGUGUUGGGGGAGAACUGCUUGGGGAUUUUUGCUGCUGGAUAAGCUCACCAGAAUUAACAAGUGAAGAGACGCUGAGCAGAGCUCCAGCCAGGUUGUAAUCGGAACCAAUUCCCAGCCUCACAAUGUGUAUACCCGGGAAUGUGCUGUGUAUGCUAUACCAGAUUUGCUGGGUAACUCAUGCAAGGGGAAUCUCGGUUCCAUGUUAUGGCUGGUGGAGGGAGCAAAGGGGAAAGAGAUCCUGAUACUGUAGAUAUAUUGCCAAUAGCCUAUGUAAGCAGCUUAGCAUUUAGACUGCCAGUGCUUGGAAAGGUUAGAGAGAUAGAGACGUGCCGCACAUGUUUGCAGCUCUGGAUUCAAAACAUUUUCGCUAUCCUAACUGAGAUGCUUCUUGAUUCUUUGAUAUGGGCUAAUAGAGAGAGACACACACACCCCUGUGUAUAUACCUGGGGUAGGACGGGGUGGGGGGGAAGGCCUAUCUGGUAUUUUCACACAAUGGGGUGUAUAAUAGACCUUUAGGACUGUUUGAUGUCAGUGUCAAAUUUACCUUCAUCAUUCUGUCACUUAGAGUAGGAAGAAGGUAAUCAGACUCCAGGAGGACCGGCUUUGAUUGCUACAGUGAAUGACAUUCUGGUUUGCCCACAGCUACGAGUAUAUAUUUAUAGAUUAAAGAGAAUCUUAACUAAAAAGGAGCGGGGGGGGGGGGAAUCUUUGCCACUUCAUUGGUAACCUCUCGCUAGGUCUCUUUCUAAUUGUGGCACUCCGUUCUCUGUUCGCGGGCCUGAGGCUGGCUGGCUGCUGCUUUACCAUGCCUGGGCCACAUGUAAUAAAGGAACAAAAAAGACCUGCUUUUGUGUUAAUGGGCUGAGGUGAAAGGCAGAAAAGCCAGUGCCCCUUUUUGACUGAAAGCACAUGGAGCUGGGAACGAUUCUUGUCUAGAGUGCAGGGAUUUUAGAGUAAAAGAAUCAGCCACGCAAAAGGCAUUUGAUGGAGGUCUGUUUUCUGGGGCAUUUUUUUUUCUCCUUUGAAUGCAGAUAUUGAAGAUCUCUGCAAUUAGAGAGUUCCCUUCCUACCUGGCCUCUUCCCUUAAGUUUUGCUCCAACCCCAUUCUCCUCCUCUUUGAACCUCCCCCUCUCUGCAACUGCACUUGUUAAACUAUUACCAGGAAUGAGUGUUACUGCUCUUGUUAAACUAUUACCAGGAAUGAGUGUUACUGCUCAUGAGAGAGAUACCAAUGGCUCUGGACUGAGGCAUUCAGUCAAUGGAAAUUCUCCCACUGACUGCCAGAAAACAGGCUAUGGAUCCAACCUUGUGCAGGCAGGCACUGUGCAAGCUUCUGCUAAUGUGCUUAAUGCCUGAAGCACCCGUUGUGAUUGCAGUCCUCACGCGGCUCUGCCAGAGCACCUCAGUCCUGAAGUUCAGUCCUGGCUUUCCCCAGGCAGCUCUACCACUGCCCUUCAAUCCUGAUCCACAGUCCCUGUUCCUUGCUAGUCCAGUCCUGGGCUCCCACACAACUCUGCCAAGACACCAGACCUGCAGUCCACCCUGCUAUUCAGGGCAGCUGCUGCUAGUUGAAUUUAUGUGGUGUAUGGGUCAGAUAAUCACACUACAUGGAUACUGGUGUGGGUGCAGAUCUUGGGGGACUACUAGUACUUUCUUAAGAGUCGGGGGGCGGGGGGACGACUGAGAAAUGUUCUAGAAAGAAGAAAAAGAGUAGGGAUUUGGGGCAAAAAUAACAACAAAAUCUUCUCCCUCCUGAAAACUCAUUGAAGAAGGGGAGCUAUGAGAAUUGUUUUUAAAAUGGUGAGCGCUUCAUGAUUCCAGAAUUGUGCUUAGGGGAACACAGUCAUCUACUUUUAAGCUCUGUUUGUUUAGAAAAAAAUCUCAGAAUCAAAAGGGUUUGUGUGCGGUGUGGGGAAGGGAGGGAUGGGGCCAUGUGCAGGGGUGGGGGCACAAGAUCAAAAUUAAUAGAGAUAUGUCAUGUUUGUUUGCUUUUGUAAUAUUUUAACAUUCUUCUAGAGCACUGGUGACGGGAGCUGAUCAGAAAAUGGAAUUUCCAUCCCGUGGGAAAUACCAACAUAGUUGGUGUUUGUUUUUGUCCCCCAAAAGUCAAAAUCUCCAAUUUUUUCAUGGAAAGAAUAUUCCAUAAUAUUUCAGCCUGGAAGCAUUGAAAUGACUGCAUUAAAAUGAAACAUUUCAACAAUGGUGAAACAUUAUUCUAUAAUGAAAUAUUGAAUGUGUCAUAUUAAAAUUAAUAUUACAACAUACUAGACCAAGUGAGAAUGUCAAAACAAAAUAAAAGACUCCAUUUGGAAUCAUUUUGCAACUUUUAUGUCAAAAAUUUCCUCAGAAUUGACAAGUUCCCAUGAAACAUUUUGAUUUCAACAAAGUAGCAUUUUCCAAUGGAAAAACUGCGCCACUGAAAAUAUUUCAAUUCAAACAGUAGAAUCUUACUAGUGCAGAGAACCGUAAGGUGGAACUGGCUAAUCUAACCCUUAUGUAGACUUCCCACAGAAUUUCAUGGGGAUGAAGAGUGAGACUUUCAACAGGAGAUGGGCAUGUUUGAAAACCCAUAAGGUUGAUAAAAAUGGCUCUACAUACAAGCCUAUAGGAUGUAACACAGAAUGGGAUCCUUCUAUAGGCUUUUUGAAUGAUACUACAGAAAGUAAGUAGCUCUCUGUUAAAUUCCAGAGCAGAAUUCAGAAAAUCCAUUGCAACAUUCUCAUCUUUCAUUAAAUUCUUAGUGAGCAAAUUCAGUUGGCUAAGCUCAGCAAAGUGCAAAGACUUAACAGCAAAGUAAAAGAUGAAAGUAAGAUGUGAAGAUGCGUUCAGUAUUCAUCAGCUAAGGAGAAAAGACAUAGAGGCAAGAGGUAAUUAAAAAAAAACACACAGAAUGAAUGUUUUAUUGACAAUUCUGCUUUAACAGGGUUUGUGCCUGCAUUUCGGUGCAGUGUUUUAAAUAUUUAGUGGAUGGCCUGGCAAAGCCAGCUGUUUCAGAGGAACCUGGAAAAACUCAUCUAGACAUGUUUGCUUAUUUUUUUCAUGUGCUUUCCCCUCCCCUGCCCAAUAAGGUCUUUUGGAGCCAAAGCAAAAUGAAUUCUGGUCUCCUGAUAGUUCCACCAACCAGGAAGUGAAAUACCAGGAGAAGGACAUAGCUUCAUAGGAAGGCAGCAUGUUAACAGAGCCUUGGAGACCUGGGUUCAUAGAGUAUACGGACAGAAGGGACCAUGUCUGUGAUCAUAUAGACUGACUUGUUGCCUAGCACAGGCCAUGGGCCUUCUUUAUAUUAAUUCCUGUUUGAACUAGAGCAGAUAUUUUAGAAAAACCUCCAAUCUUGAUUUUAAAACAGCCAGUGAUGGAGAAUCCACCACUCGAGCUAGCUGGGAAACAGCAGUUCCAUUUUGUGUAAAAUUAUGACAUUUGUUGACAUUUGUUUUCAUGCACACCAAAACUGAGACCUUUUGAAAUGUUUUGCCAAAAAUGAGAGUGAAAGCGAGCUCUAUCCUCCAAUAGCCUAGUGAUUAGGGUAUUCAGCUUGGAUGUGGGACACCCAAGUUCAAGUUCUUGGGUCUCCCACAUCCCAGGUGAGAGCCCUAAGCACCAGGUUAUUCUGGAGUGGGUCUUUCUCUCUUGUUUUGACCUGUAAUUCCAACCUGAACCUGAGAUAUCUUCCCGACUAAAUAUUUGUUGACACUGAUAUGUUUCUGUGAAAGACUUCAGUGUCAAUGGAAAAAAGUUUUCUGACCAGCUCUGUUCGCCCUUGGUAUGUUGUUCCAUUGGUUCAUUAUUCUUGCUGUUAAAAAUGUGUGCCUUUAUUGGUUCAAACUGGAUUCUAUUUCUGGCUUUGCCAUUGUUUUGCUGGGUGGCCUUCGGAAAGUCACGUCACCACUCUGUGCCUCGGUUUCCCCCCCCCCGUGUAAAAUGAGGUCAAUGAUACUGACCUCCUUUAUAAAGUACUUUGAGAUCUACCGAGGACAAGAUCGAGGUAGUAUUAUUAUCUCUUGUCAUUUUGAACCCCAUCUCUCUCAAUGACUCCCUGAGCCAUUAAUGCAGCAUGUAAAGAACUCAGAUACAAAUACCCAUGCUCACCCCUUGUUAGUACUGUUGUCUCAUUGGCUUAUGGGAACAUAAUGAGUGCAAGAAGCUUUAAUAAUUGCAAGGUGAGCCUUUCCCCAUUAGAGCGUGACCUGUGCAAGGUGGAAAGUGGCCUGGUGAUAAAGACUAAUGCACACUUGAUGCAGACAGACCCAGAAUGAUGCUUUCCUAGCCUACGAGUGGAGGGGAGAGUGUGGACAUAGAGCUCAGAUAUUUUGCUGAGAAGGCUCCUGCGAUGACAGACAGGGGAGGUGUUCGGUGCCUGAGGACUAAGGGCAGCUAGAGAUCCAACUUCCGCAGGAGGGGCCAGUCAUUUUAAUUGGGUGACAAUGAAAAAAAUAACAAUCAAAGGGUUAUUUUCCUAAACCAGCACCUCCCUUCCCCCUCCCUUCCGGGGCACCCCCCCGUGGUGCUAGUCUCCAGAGAGAGCUCUGCUCAUGGCAGCAGGAUCCCCUUCUGAACUUGGUCAUGAGAUUUGAAACAUAGAGACACACCUGGGAAGUGGGCGAUGUCCUGAAUUUUAGGGCAGCCAGAGGGGGCACUGUGGUAGGAGGUCUCUGAGCAUAGUAAGGCAGGGUUGGGUUUCAAUCCCAGGCACACCCUGCUUGGCCUCUCCUAACCUCCCCUGCCUCCCCCGCCAGUUCCUGACUCCUCCCUCAGCUCAGAAGCCAGUGAGAGGAGACAGGUCAAGGCCAGGGGAGGGGAGGAUCAAGCAGGGAGAUCGAGCUUUUGGCAGAGAGCUUGCAGACAGGGAGUAGGAGGCUAGAGAUGGGUUUGGGCUGUGAGAGGGGAGGUGGCAGUAGGUCUGGUACAGCUUGAAGGAGGUAGAAGUAGGAGCUGCGGGGGAGGAGGUGCUAAACAGUCAUACUUGUUCUCAGUCUUCUAACGCUUGCAUGCCUCUCUGUCUACUUGCUGGGUGUUAUCAUAGUAAUUGCUGCAGCACCUCACAUCCCAAAGGAUCUGUAGGGCUUUGCAAUCCCUCUACAUACCAGGCAGGCACCUCCGGGUGGGAAGUGGUGCCCUAUCUCCCUUCCCACAGUGACAGACUGGAUUGAAGCUUGCCCAAGACCACAAGGAUCUAUCAUCCUACCAUCCUCCUCCUAGAUGCUCAGUAGCAGUUCCUCCCCUGCGUAUCUUAGGUGUCUGCAGGAGAGAAAUGUUCCUCCGUUGCACCUGGAUAUGUACAUGUGGGGAGCUCCUCAGUGUGAGUUUCUAGGAGCCUGGUACCAUAGAAAAUGCUAUGUGACCAGGCCAUAAAGCUCUUCUACAGACUCCUGGCAUUUUGGCACUAUAGAAAACCUUAUGCGUUAAGGGCCUGAUACAAAGCCCAUUGAUUUAAAUGGAAUGACUAUGAGAACAUAAGAAUGGCCAUACAGGGUCAGACCAAAAGUCCAUCUAGCCCAGUAUCCUGUCGUCUGACAGUGGCCCGGGCACAAUGCUUCAGAGGGAAUGAACAGAACAGGGCAAUUAUCGAGUGAUAAAUCCCCGUCAUCCAGUCCCAGCUUCUGGCAGUGACAGGUUUAGGGACACCCAGAGCAUGGUGUGGUGUCCCUGAACAUCUUAGCUAUUGAUGAACCUAUCUUCCAUGAACUCUAUUCACUGCAAUGGGCUUUCAAUCAAGUACCUAUAGAUGUAUAAAUAUUUUAGUGAUAAAGACAUACACAUAAAACUUCUAAUGCUCCGCUCUCUCUUUUCAGCAUAUAAACCUCUACCGGCAUAUAUGUGGAUGUAGGAGAUUGACAUUAUUAAUGCAGUGCAUGAGAUUUAUCAUUUCUUACAACAACAAAAAAAGUUUGGACAUUCCUGACAAAAUCUUUGUUGAUUUAAAAUUAAGGUUGCUGCAUGACAAAAUGGAGCCAUUUACAAAGCCAACAACCCCCUCUAAGUAUAGUAAUGGUCAUAUUUAUGUACAUUAUCAUAACUAGUUCUUUCCGUGUGUUCUAGUGCUUAGAUUUUUAUCAAUUGUUUUUCUAUAAGGGUUACAUCGUUCGCUACAGUUAUAGUCAUUAUGCUGGAAAUGCAGCUCCAGGGCAAUGAUGUCUGACCUUCCCACCUCAGGGAUGAACGUAUUAUCUCAGAAAUGUCAAGGGGCCACAAUCAACGCUUUCACUGUUUCCCUAGCUGCAGGCACAGCCAGUCGAGCUCCAACCCAUACCCUACCUGGGGCUCCCACAGCCAGCCAGUGAAACAGGCAAUGGACCAACCAGAGCAGCUUUCUCCUCCCUCUGCCGUGAGACAGCAGGCAGCCAGCGGGGGCGCUGCUGAGUAGCUGCAGGAGGGAAGUCACAGCAACUGCUCAGCACAAAAAGGCCUAAUGAGAUCCUUGGAUGUAUAAACAGGAGGAGGGAGGUUCAAAAGGAUGUUGAAAAAUUGGAGAGGGCACAGAGAAGAGCCACAGAAAUUAUUCAAGGGCUGGAGAAAAUGUCUUGCAGUGAGAAACUAAACUUCAAUCUGGUUAGCUUAUCAAAACGAAGGUCAAGAGAGGCCUUGAUUACAGUGUAUAAGUUCCUUAAUGGGGGAAAAAUUUGCAGAACCAAAAACACUUUAGUGGGGCCAGAAGAGAAAGGCAGAACAAGAACCAAUGGCUGGAAGCUGACUCCAGCCAAAUUCAAAUGAGAAAUAUGGCACAAAUUUGUAACGGUGAGGGUGACUGACUGCCCAUUGGGAUAAACUACCCAGGGGAGUGCUGGAUUCUCCAUCUCUUGAUGUCUUCAGAUCAAGCCAGAUGUGGUUUUGGAAGAUGCUUUAGCCAAACAUGAGUCACCGAGCUCAGUGCAGAAGUAACUGGGUGAAAUGGACAGGUCAGUGCUAUACAGGAGGUCAGCCUCAAUGAUCUAAUGGUCCUGUCUGGCCUUAAAGUCUAUGGAUCUGGGACUCUAUGAACACUCCUUACUCCCAGGAGAGCUGCUCUUGGGGGUGCAGGGGAAGCAGGGGGGCAGUUGGGGAAGUGGUGCCCCAUCUCCCUUCCCAUGGUGACAGACCGGAUUGAAACAUGCCAGUUUAAAACCCCCGGAAAGGGGGGGUGGGGAAGGAGGGCAGUUCAAGGACACAGUUUCAGUUCAUCAUCAAACACACUUUGUGUUCCUCACAGUCACCUUCAAGGGCCACAGUUUAGAACCUUAGUGGCCACAGGUGGCCUCCUGGGCACCCCUGUGAUAGCGCGUGUGUGUUUCUAGGCACUGCACAUGCAGCCUGUAGGGCCGUAAUGAUUGUAAGAGUGAACUCGGGUGAUUAGAUAACCGGAGAAGAAGAAAUAGGCCUCUCAGAAGCCCUGAUCACCACCGAGUGCCUUACAGGCUGCAUGUGCAGUGCCUAGAAACACACACGCGCUAUUGUCCAGGAAAUAUGAUGCAUUCUCCCCAGGGCUGUGCAGCAGAGGUAUCUUCUGAGCAACGGAAUGGACAAAUGGACAUUAAUAAUAGGCAGAAAUGUGUUAUAAACUGUGAGGGCCAUUUUCAAAGGGAGCUCGAGGGUUUCCAAAGCGACUAGUGAGUCUGAAUGUCUCCAUUUUCAGGUGCCCAACUUGAGAGAUGCCUUAAAGGAGCCGGGACAGGUGCCGAGAAGGGUCCUAAGAUGAGGAGGGGCAUGGAGGGCCUGUCUUACAAGAGAAGAGUGAAAGAGCUGGGCUUGUUUACCCUAGCCAAAUGAAGGCUCAGAGGGCAUGUGAUUGCGCUCCAUAAAUACGUCAGGGGGGGGAGAAGAGCUGUGGAGGCUAAAGGACAAUGUUGACACGAGAACAAGUGGGGAUCAACUGGCCAGGAAUAAAUGUAGGCAGCAGAUGAGAAGGUUUCUAGCCAUCAGAGGAGGGAGUUUCUGCAACAGCUGCCCAGCAGAAGGAGUGGGGCAAACAACCUAACUAGUGUUAAGAUGGAGCUUGAUAAGCUCCUGGCCAGGAGUCUGUCUGCUGGAGCUGGGGGUGAUGACUCAGGAAGGCCCUUUCAGUCUCACAGACACAUAGACUGUAAGGCCAGAAGGGGCCAUCAUGAUCAUCUAGUCUGACCUCCUGCACCUUGCAGGCUACAGAACUUCACCCAGCCACUCCUGUAAUAGACCCCAUAACCUCAGGCUGAGUUACCGAAGUCCUCACAUCAUGGUUUAAAGACUUCAAAUUACAGGUGUUGGGUAUGUGAUAGGAGAGCGACAUCAUCUACGAAGUCCAGGUCUUUAAGGGAUGAGAAGAGUAUCCAUUUAAUGUCUCUUGGCAUGUCUUCUGUUGUACGCCGCAUUACCCAGUCAAUGACAAUGUUGAAGAUGAUUGCAGACAUGACACACCCCUAACGUACUCCUGUACUGAGCUCACUGUGAUCAACACUGUAUGUAAAGUUGAAAUAGAAGCUUUUGAUGACGUUGAUUAUACAGAAAGGAAUUCCAUAUGCCCACAGAAUGCGCCAUAGGCUCGUCCUGUGAAUGCUAUCUAAAGCCUUCUCAAAGUCUAUGAAAUUUAGAAUGGCAAUGGCAACUCUACAUAAACACUGUUCUAUUAUGUUUCAUAGAGUCUGGUCUGUCCAUCCACGCCCUUUCCGAAAACCAGCUUGCUCUUUUCUGAGAACACUAUCAACUGCCUCUGAUAUACGCUGGACUAUGAUCUUACACAAUGCUUUGCUUGGCACAGAUAAAAGUGUGAUACCACGCCAGUUAUUACUAUCACUGAGAGUUCCUUUCUUUGAUAUCUUCACUAUAACCCCAUUGGUCCACUCAUGUGACACUUUUUCCCUUUCCCCAACUGAUGUGAAUAGAGGGGCCAGGAUAGACGCUGCUAAUUUAGGAUUUACUUUGAACAAUUCUGCAUUCAAGUUAUGCUUCCCAGAAGCUUUCCCAUUUUUUAAGCAGUUGAUGGCUUGAAUGAUCUCUUCCUUAGUUGGGAUGUCUGUGUUGAUAUCAAGAUCUUCUUCUGCUUCCUGGAUGUUUGCUUCCUCUUUAGGUGGAAUCCCUGUUCAACAAUUCUUUUAAAUGCUCUGUCCAGCGCAUUUCUUGUUCUUUUUCCUGGUGAGAGUGUUUGUUGGUGUCUGCCGUUUACCACUGAUAAACCAUCUACAACAGGGGUCGGCAACCUUUCAGAAGUGGUGUGCCGAGUCUUCAUUUAUUCACUCUGAUUUAAGGUUUCGCAUGCCAGUAAUACAUUUUAACGUUUUUAGAAGGUCUCUUUUUAUAAGUCUGUAAUAUAUAACUAAACUAUUGUUGUAUGUAAAGUAAAUAAGGUUUUUAAAAUG